GUGAGUCGGUGGCUUGAGGGUUAAGAAUAGCUGAUGCGCGCAGCGGUGAAUGAAGUGUCGGUUUUCAGCGCAAACUCCUCCUCUACGGACAGACUGCGCUUUUCUUCCACUUCAACAACCAAGUAGUUCUCGGAGCGCAUUCCCCGGCAGCAAUGUGGAUGGAAGAGGCGACCCGUUGAUUGAAUCUUUUUUUUAUUUUGGUUCUUUUUUUUAUUUUAAACAAAAAACACACUAGUUUUCUUUUCCUUUAUUGUGCGUUUUUUUAAAACAAACUUUGUGAUUGUCGUGUUUUUUUUUCUUCUUUCUUGAAUUAGGAAAAGUGUUUCUGUUUGAAAAGAAAGUCGGAGUUUUUCCUCACUUUUUUCCGCUUCCGUCUUGUUUUGUCACACAUGGAUGUCAGAAGAUGAGAUCAGACGUGUUGCUCGCUCUUGACUAGGCUCCCCGACGCUUGGGUUGUUUCUGUAGAGGAGAGAGAAAGCCCCGACUCUUCAGGAGCACGCAGAUCCACGCAAGGACCGCAAAGUUGUCCACGAGCUGCGGAGGAGGCGAAAGUUUGGCAAAGCUGCAGCGCGCACGGUUCCAAACGUCACACUUCCACCGAUAUUUGAGGCUGUGGAUUUAGGAACGCGCCAUGGACCGAGAAUUGAGGAUGGAACUGGAGUUUUGAAACAUGAACUGUUUCUUGUAGUUACUUCACUGCACCAGUUUGGACUGAAACGAAAGAGAGGGAAAAAACUGUUGUCGAGUGUUUAUUUUGUAUUUUUGGUCUUGUUUGAGCUGAUCGACUGGUGUGCAAACAUGCCUCAACUGAACGGAGGCGGCGGGGAUGACUUAGGGGCCAACGAUGAAAUGAUCCCCUUCAAAGACGAAGGGGAGCAGGAGGAAAAGAUAUCCGAAAACGUUUCCGCGGAGAGGGACUUGGAUGAUGUGAAGUCGUCCCUCGUGAACGAGUCGGAAAACAACAGCAGCUCGUCUGACUCCGAGCACGCAGAGAGGCGCCCCCAAACCAGACCAGACUCAGAAAGUUAUGAGAAAACAAGAGAGUACUUCAGUGAAGCGCUGAGGAGACAGCAAGAUGGUGGCUUCUUUAAGAGUCCCCACUACCCUGGCUAUCCGUUCCUCAUGAUCCCAGACCUCACCAAUCCAUACCUAUCCAACGGCUCACUGUCUCCCGGUGCAAGAACAUAUCUGCAUAUGAAGUGGCCCCUCCUGGAUGUUCCCAGCUCUGCAGGAAUAAAAGACUCCCGUUCUCCAACACCAGGACAUUUAUCCAAUAAAGUCCCUGUGGUACAGCAUGGCCACCAUGUGCACCCGCUGACACCUCUCAUCACCUACAGCAACAAUGAACACUUUUCCCCCGGCACGCCGCCUUCACAUCUCUCACCAGAGAUCCUCGACCCAAAGACAGGUAUCCCUCGGACGCCUCACCCAUCAGAGCUUUCUCCAUACUACCCCCUGUCUCCCGGUGCUGUCGGUUCCAUUGCACACCCUUUGAGCUGGUUCAUGCAACAUCAGGGCCAGCCCAUGUACUCCAUCCCUCCGGGGGGAUUCCGUCACCCCUAUCCAGCAUUGGCGAUGAAUGCAUCCAUGUCCAGCCUAGUGUCCAGCCGUUUCUCGCCGCACAUGGUGACUCCUCCUCCACACAGUCUCCACCAAACCGGCAUUCCCCAUCCUGCCAUCGUCUCGCCGGCCAUCAAACAGGAGCCCAGCGGAGACAACAUCAGCCCCUCCAUGCACGCGAAGUCCCCUGUUCCUGCCAAGAAGGAGGAGGACAAGAAGCCACAUAUCAAAAAGCCCCUGAAUGCUUUCAUGUUAUAUAUGAAGGAGAUGAGAGCCAAAGUGGUGGCAGAGUGCACUCUGAAAGAGAGUGCCGCAAUCAACCAGAUCCUUGGGAGAAGGUGGCAUUCUCUGUCAAGAGAGGAGCAAGCCAAAUACUAUGAGCUGGCCAGAAAAGAACGACAACUCCACUCCCAACUUUAUCCUGGAUGGUCAGCAAGAGAUAACUACGGAAAACGGAAAAAGAGGAAGAGAGAGAAUAAACCAGACUCAAAACCAGAGGACUUCUCAAUAAGGAGUAAGAAGCAGUGUGUGCAGUACCUGCCCUCAGAGAAGAUGUGUGACAGCCCAACAUCCUCUCAUGGAAGCAUGCUGGACUCACCUGCCACUCCUUCUGCUGCCUUGGCCUCCCCCGCUGCCCCCGCCGCCACUCACUCGGAGCAGGCCCAGCCCCUAUCGCUCACCACCAAGCCGGAGGGACGCAUGCACCACCACUUCUCUCUGCCAGGGAAGGCCUCUGGAUCCACUUCCUCCUCCUCUUCCUCCUCCCAGCCCGCCGUCUCUAUCCCCUCUGGCACCUCAGGUAGCCAGUCGUCCACACCCAUCCUCACCCGGCCAAUCCCCUUCACCUCUCUACACCCCUCCAUGCUCUCCCCACCCUCCCCGUUCCAUCAGGCAGCCCUGCACUCCCAUCAUUCCCUGUUCCAGUCACAGCCCCUCUCUUUGGUCACUAAACCCACUGAGUGA